UCAAAUUAAAGCGCAGUAAAGAUGGCAGCGUUAGCAGUUGUGGAAACCCCAUCAGGGAAAGAUGCGCUCGCGGAGGGAAUGCUGGACCUCUUGAGACCCGCGGUAGAGCAGCUUGACUUACAUGUGCACUCAGUCAGAGAAAGCCAAGUGGAACUUAGGGAACACAUUGAUAAUUUGGCAUCUGAGUUGUGUAGGAUCAAUGAACACCAGAAGGUGGCACUAGACUUAGACCCAUAUGUUAAAAAACUUCUUAAUGCCAGGCGAAGAGUGGUGCUUGUCAAUAACAUACUCCAGAAUGCACAGGAACGUUUGCGGAGGUUGAACCAUAAUGUUGCUAAGGAGACCGCACGAAGGAAGACCAUGCUUGAGGCAUCAGGAGCAUUUACCCCACGCUCUCCCAGCAAACCAUGAUGUCCUGUUGCUCACAUUUUGAGAAUGCACCAUUACACUGUGCUCAAUGUCAAGGACCAACGCUGUAGAUUCACAGAAUCUUCCUCACAUUGUUAAAGGGCACUGGGCUAUGCAAAGCACUGCUACA